GGAUCGGAUAAGCUCUAAUGAAAUGAAGCAAUUGCGCGUCUCCUUCUCCUUCCCUUUCUCCGCUUCUCACACGGCUGCGGCCGCCGCUGCUCCGGCUGUCGUGAAAGUGGUCCUUUCGGACGGCACGGUCCACGAGUCUGACGACUCGUCGACCGUGGCCGAGCUGAUGCUGGACCACCCACGUGAGGUGGUGGUCGAAUUCGACUCCCAGAUGAUGAGAAGCCACAGGCAUCGCCCUGUUCCGCUUCCAGCUGAUAAGAAGCUGGAAGCGCACAGGGUGUACAUGAUGCUUCCCCUGAAGCGGGGGAAGCCACUUUCUCUGGCUUCAGAGGAAGCGCGCCGCGUCCUUCUCAACGCGAGCGCGCUUCUGAAGCAGCAGUCGUCUUCGUCGCCGUACAAGUUCGUGCCUCUGUUUGCACGGGCGUGUACGGCUGGCUCCAUUGGAGGACACCGCGAGGGGAACUUCGUCAAGUUGGUGAAGAAGGAAACGAGUUGUGACGAGCAAGUGAUGAAGGUUGUGAAGAUGACGGAUUGUAAGCGUCUCGCGUCGUUUUUCGAGGAGGAGGAUGACGAGGAGGAGGAUGAAGAGAACAAGGUGCCGGAGUAUUUGAGCCGGCAAUUGUCCGGUAAAGGGUGGAAGCCUACUCUGGAUACGAUUAAGGAGAAGAAGAUCGAGCAGCAGAAGCUUCCGCAUUGGUUGUUUUGAACUUUUGCCUUUGCUAGAAUAUUUGGGUGUAACGUGAAAUGUGACUGUUGGAGGAGGUUUGUGACACUUUUUUACUUUCAUAUAGGUGGAUAGUGAUAAGUUGUUUUUUCUUAAUUUGUCUCUUUAGUUGUUUGUAAUGUGCUCAUGUAUGUUCUUUUUGCAUGCGUGUCGAUUACGGUUAGCUUAAAUAGUGGCGUUGUCGAGAUUUCGUUUAAAUGAGCUUGUUGUAAAAAAAAUAUAUAUAAGUAAACGUGAUAACUUUUUUACAAUAUGACCUAUUUUCGUAUUCUAAGAAUGUCUAAAAUAGUAAACUACAUUCUCAUCCAAACUCUAAAGGGUAUCACCUCAGUGUAUCCAUGAAAAAAAUCAUUGUUCAUUCAAUUUCGAAGUGCGUUAUUCACAUGUUUCAUUAUGACAAAUGAUCUUUCAAAACUUAUACUGAUUGCUGGUAGCAACAACGAUAAUUUCAUAAGUUAAUACAUACACCCGUGAAACGUAAUGACUUAGAGCUAUAACAUCUUGCUUUGUUCUUCAUUCAAAACUAAUCGAGUUUCAUAAUGCAGUGGUACAGGAAUUAUUAUAGGAUUUAAAGUUGGAAAAAAAAAACAAGUAAUAUGUGCCUUGCAAACCAUACCUUUCUAUAAACAAAUAGAAGAUUUGUUAACAAUGUGUUAAUUGGUGGAUUUGUGAUCAUGAUUCCCCACCUGAAAAUCCUACACUCCCAACCAACGCUACAGUUCCCUCUUUUAUGAAUCCAAGUAUUCAACCAUCAUGGCAUUUUAUAUACAACAAAAACAGACUGAUCUCAAUUAUACCAAGUAUUUUACAAUCAAGAUCUCCAACAAUUUUCUCUCUAAAUAUAUCCUCUUAAUUUCAAAAUUUUCAUAAACAAGUCAUUCCCGUUAGUUUGGUGUUACUUCAUUGUUAAAUUGGAUUUCAAAUGAUGAAAAUACCCCUCCCUUCUACUAAAACUUUCUUCUUGAAUAAGUACACCUCAAGUAAAGAUUUUUUGUUCUAAAACAAGUCCCUCGGCUUCAUUUUUUUCUAACCAAGUCUCCAUUAGCCUAUUUUCAGUUCACUUCAACAUAGAUUUAAAAUGAUAAUACUAUCCAUCCCGUUCAAUUAUAUAAUUAAGUAACUGAAUUUCCAAGCUUCACGUCAGCAAAGAAAUCCAUACGUAUGAUUUUGAUACUAAAUGUUGCUUAAACGAAACGUUUCUAAAUCAUUACGAAUCAUGUCGAUAACAUAGUUGAAGAGAGUUACAAAAUCAAAGCCAAGGAGUAUGUUGAGGAAACAAAUUGAAGUUUAAGGACUCGAUUAGAAAAAAAAUUCCACGCAAAAGCGGGUUUCGCAUCCACUUUAAUAGUGGAGUAACAACAAACUAAAAUAGAGGACAAUGGUUAGGGGUGGAAAAUGAGGUCAAGGAACAUGUUUAGGGAAGAGUAUUUGUUGGGAACCUUGGUUGGGAAAUAUUCAAAGUUGAGAUACCGGUUUCUUCAUUAAUUCACAAAGAAGAAUAAUAUAAAAAAAUAUUUCACCUCCUUAUUACAAGAUUACCACAAUCGAAGGUGAUUGAGAUUAGCAUUUCACACUGGUGGGUGUUUAUACCCGUUUGACGAAGGUCAACUGAUCAACGAAACUAGGUAUGGUCUAUCGAACCCGCGGUCUCGUGAGAGUGUUGUGAUCCUACUAAAUAAGAUUAGAGGUG